AACUGGAUUCCUCUUCUUUUUUUUCCCUCCUGUUCUUUUCCGUCUCAACGGGACACAUCCAUCUAGUCUAGUAGAUUAAUGCUUAAGCACAUACCACAUACACAUGUGUAGACGAACCUUUUCAUAACUGGCUGCAGAUAUUAUAUAUCUAAACAAAAAAGUAUUGGAUUUCCAGCAUUGCCCUUGUCUUCCGAAACACACACUUUGCAGUAUAAAGAUCAUCCGCAAGAACUCGCGAAGCAAGCCGGCCAGAGCUCUCAGCAAUCCUCUGUUCCUCGCUCAUCGUCUCCGUUCCUCUGAUCGACCUUGGCUGGGCUUUUUGUCGGAGGAGAAGUAGCAAAAUGGCCGACGAAGUUCAGCAUCUCACCAGGGCCUUCUCAGGUCUGGGCGGGCUCGGCGUGGACGAGCCGGCGAUGGUGUCGGCGCUGGCGCGGUGGCGCGGGCAGCCGGAGAAGCGGUCGGGCUUCCGGAAGGGCUUCCCGGGCUUCUUCUCGAGCCACGGCGAGAUGGAGCGGUGCGAGGAGGAGUACAUGCUCCGCCUGGCCGCCGAGUUCGCGCGGCUCAAGAACCUGGUGGUGCUGUGGGCGAUGCACCCGUGGGAGCGCGACGCGCGGCUGGCGCACCACGUCCUCCACCAGCACCACCCCGCCGCCAUCGUCGUGGAGGUCGCCUGCACGCGCUCCGCCGACGAGCUCCUCGGCGCGCGCCGCGCGUACCAGGCGCUCUACCACCACUCCCUCGAGGAGGACGUCGCCUACCGCGCCAGGGACAAGCCCUACUGCAACCUGCUGGUGGGGCUCGUGAGCGCGUACCGGUACGAGGGGCCCCGGGUGAACGAGGAGGCGGCGCGGGCGGAGGCCGAGGCGCUGGGCGCGGCGGUGAAGAGCGCCGCCGGCGGGAAGCUGCUGGCGGAGAACGGCGACGUGGUCCGGAUCCUGAGCACCAGGAGCAAGCCCCACCUGGUGGAGACCUUGAGGCGCUACAAGGAGAUCCACGGCAGGCGCCUCGAGGAGGAUCUCAGCGGCCGCGGCAGGGAGGAGACGACGACCCUGCUGCUGGAGGCCGUGCUGUGCCUCACCGCGCCGGCCAAGUACUUCAGCCAGGUGAUGGAGGUGGCGCUGCGGGAGGGGGCGGACGAGCACGAGAAGGACGCCCUGACGCGGGUGGCGGUGACGCGGUCGGAGCACGACAUGGACGAGAUCAGGGCGGCCUACGAGGAGCAGUUCGGGGCCAAGCUGGAGGACGCCAUCGCGGCCAGGGCGCACGGCCACUACAGGGACGCGCUGCUCUCGCUGGUGAUGGGCGCGCACCACCACCACCAGUGAACGUACGUCAACCAGCUAGCGCUGCGCUAGCUUUCUCUUCUCUUCGGUCGUCUGCCCGUGUCCGUCCGUUCAUUCAAUCGUGGCGUCCGUGUGUGUCGUGUGUGCGUGUGCCAAUGUUGGUCUGUUGCCCAUCGAGACUGUAACAUUUUCCUGCUGAGUCUGUAGUGUGUGUGGCGGCUGGUCAAGAGGCCGGUCAAAUAAGAUCUGCGUGCAAUCGUUUCUUCGUCAC